GCAACGGGUGCGCUUAAACCGACGAAGAGAGGCGAAGAGUAAAAGGAUAGGAGUGGUUUCAGAGAGGCGAUACUCGAAAAGGAGGAGGCGCCACGCAUUCGCCUUUUUCUUUGGUUUUGUGGUGAUAGAUAGGCCUAAGUAUAAAACCCUCCACCACCACUGCCCGCCCUGAGGAAUGCGAUCACAUCGGAGGGAAUCGAGUCAUUGUGUCGCUUUCUCUCGGCUCAUUCAGAGACGCUCCAACAUGCGGCGGCUGCUGAUCCUCCCCGUUCUGCUGGCAUCCUUCUGCACGGUGUGCGCCGGAGCAGGAGACUGGUGCUACAACAGCCAGUCGUCCUGCGAUCAUCCGUGCAACGUACCAGAGAAGUGGGCCGUUAGCAAGGCGGACUGUGGAGGAAAAUCCCAGUCGCCCGUCAAUAUCAUCACCAGGAAGGUAGUGAGAGAUGAGCGUCUGACCCCGCUUGAGUUCAAAUACUACCAGCACACCUUCAAAAUUUCUAUGACCAACACCGGCCACUCGGUUCAGAUUGAUAUUCCGAUACGCAGUACCAUCUCGGGCGGAGAGCUGCCGCAGACGUACAAGGCUGUGCAGUUACACCUGCACUGGGGCAAAGACGGCAGGUUCGGCUCUGAACACACCAUCGACGGGGAGCAAUACCCCAUGGAGUUGCACAUUGUUCACAUAAAGAACCAGUACGCUGACCUGAAAACAGCCCUGAGAGACCCAGAGGGGAUUGCAGUUCUUGGGUUUUUCUAUGAGGAAUCCAACAGUCCAAACCGAAUGUAUGACAACAUCAUCGAGGGGGUGAAAAGUAUCGCAGCAAAAAAUGUCAGUUUCUCUCUGCCCUCCAUCUCCCUGGCACAGCUGAUCCCUCCUGAGCAGAAACUGACUUCCUACUACCGCUACGAGGGCUCCCUGACCACCCCGCCGUGUUCCGAGGCUGUGGUCUGGACUGUGUUCAAAACCCCUAUCCCUCUCAGCAAGGACCAGAUAAAAGCUUUCUCCACGGUCCAUUUCCAUGACGGCAAGUGGAUGGUGAACAACUUCAGGCCUGUCCAGCCUCUCCACGGCCGGCUGGUGUACCACUCAGGAGGUGCCGCACUGUUGGUCAGCUCCGCCCUCCUUGCGGCUGCCCUCACAACAGCGCUGGGGCUGUCCCAGCCCAACUAAACAGCGAGUGCAUCUUAUCGAUGCACUGUGACAUCGAUAAGACCCAACAGAUCUGCGCCAGGCCUCUGCUGAGACUCUCGCUUCCAACGUAGUUCUGACACGUUUACAAAAGACAAUGGACCACAUCGUAGUGUAGGAAAAUGGUGUUUCCCCCCUUGUGAUCCAAAUGACAGAGGCGUGUUAGAAACGCCUCAAGGAAGGUGACGUAAGGGUUCAACCAGCAUCCAUGCAUGUGUAGUGAAGUAUUAUCUCUUAUUUAAGCCUCAUGAAUGUGCCAUAAAUCAAAUUACUGGGCAGUCUGCACGGGCAAUUAAACUCAACACCAAAUCUUCUUUUGGGACUGGAUCUUGAUUUUGUCUUUGAAGCUCUAUACUGACACACGCACGCACGCACACACACACACACACACACACACACACACAGUUUUUAUGUUAACUCAUCCACCUUGUCCAAUGUCAGGUAAAUUUAGUAUCAGUUAAUACCAGUGUGAGUUGCCAAUGGUUUAUGGGUCAGCCCCAUGACUUGGCACACGAUGUAUUAUUACCAGCGUAUGUGAAAGGGAUGGAGUUACAGAUAGCAGGACUGAGUCGAUAAAAAAAAACAAAACAACCAAACUGCAAUUCAGAGCAAGACGUCAAAGGAGAAUGCGGUUCUCAUAAAGUACAGCAGCUCAAACCUCUGCAGCCGUCAAGGACAGGUCAGCAGCUCUUUUCUGAAAGUGUAUGUGAGGGAGGUCGUGUUGUAGUCACCAGAAACCAUGAAGAACAGCUGCAUGAAGUUCUGAAAGUCUGGCAGACUCUCUCCCCACAGAGUCACUUAGGGGCAAAGCCAUGGACGUCAACAUCCCGCUAUUAAAGAGGGAUCGCAGCCACACAACCAAGGCUUUUUUUUUUUUUUUUAGUACAGUUAGUUUUUAUGCAUAUCAUAUUUGAAGAGCAUGACUCUGCAUGCUGUGAUGUUCCAGAUGUUUGAGAUGAACUACCUUACUGCUGGAAGUGGGCUUCCCAAAUUCACAAACUGUUUUCCCAGAGCAGGCACUUCGAUUUCACAGGAGCUUGUUUUUCAAAACCGCAAUCGUUUCCACGACUAGUAUUACCGGCAUUCGGAUAAUUGUCGACAAUGAGUUACACCCUGCUCAGCUCUACUUUGUUUUUGUCUGUUUUUUUGUUUGUUUGUUUGUUUGUUUGUUUGUUUUUUUCCAAGAAAACUUUGCCACAUAUAGAGAGGAGUAUGUGCAAUUUGGCUGCAAUAACUGUUGUUACAGUGAGGAAGGAUACUGAAGCGAUGUUUCCAUCGCUUCAGAAGAAAUCCAGCUAUAUUUGUACGAGGUGUCAUUUUACACAUGUACUAAUGUACUGAGUGAGCAUAUUAAGAGAUGCGAUGCACAGUUGGUGUUAUUUAUGCAUUGCAACAUUCAUAUAGAAUGCGAAACUGUGUAUGAAGCUCGAAACUGUUCAUGAUCAAUAAAGUUUAGUUGUAAUCCUGAAAUGUUUGAGACUCCAGGUUGUAAUGCUUGAAAGUGUCAUAGAAGAAUAGAAUGUUACCGUUGAAUAAUAAAAUAUAUGCCUUUUUAAAGA